AUGCCUGAAGUCAAGUCCGAGGUGAAGCUCGAGAUCAAGCCGGACCCAGACUCGAUCGGAGCGCAGGUGGAUCAGGACGCCGACCAGUACGAAGAGGACCUCGAUACCUAUGUCCCAUCGAAAGAGGACCCAGGUCAGGCAUGGCUUGUUCGUCUUCCAGUUGACAUGUGGUCAGCAUGGCAUUCGAUAUACCAGGAUGCAAAGGAGGACGAGUACGUGCAGAUCGGCAACCUGCGGGUCUACGAGAACUCCGAGAAGAUUCAAAUGACCUUGGAUCCCCAAUUUGAGCAACACAAAUCGAUAUCCCGCGAAUACAACCUAGACGUCAAAUCCCACAAUUACCGAAACUCGGUGGCCUUCUCGGAGAAAGACAAACCCGGUCAGCGUGCGCGUCAGAACAACAAGCCUGCCGCCGGCGCGAAGCCUUUUGGCAUUCAAUCUAAAUUCGAUCGCUACGGGCUAAAGAAGAGCGGCGGCUACCGCUCAUCGAUACCGAAACAGACCGCAUUGGCGCCGCCCAUCGCCAACGAAGCGAGUGUGAUCGCCGUCGACAACCUCGGCGACUUCGCCAAGGCUUACCAGGCCGCGCUCAAACCCCGAAACACCACCGUCUACGAAACCGGCAUCAAUCGCGAGUUACACCCUGGCCGCAACGUCGCUGCUGCCUUCACAUUCAGCUCGAAGCCCAACAAGACGAGCAAGAAGAAGAAGGAACACAAGGACAAGGCCGUGCGGAUGGAGAAGGGUGCGCUGUUCGACGAGAUCUCCAAGUGCUUCGAGCAGUUCAAAUAUUGGUCACUUAAGGCUCUACGGAAUAAAUUGAAGCAGCCGGAAGCAUAUAUCAAGGAAGCGCUGGACGAGGUGGCAGUCCUGAUCCGAAGUGGUGAUUUCGCCAUGAACUAUAAGCUCAAGCCGGAGUACGAAAAGUCGCAGAUCGCCAACCAGGACGCCGUCAAGGAUGAGAUUGCUCCCAGCAUGAAGAGCGAGGACGACACAGAUCAAGCUACUGGGGAUGAGUUGGUUUCGGACGAUGACGAUGUCAUGGACUUCGAGGACGUCAAGAUUGAGAACACCGGCUGA